AGGAGACUCUGCAGAUUCGCCGUCGAGCGGAACAGAAAAGCGUUACGCCGAUCUCCUCCUCCUCCUCCUCCUCCUCCUUCCCCCUUUCAAGCGUCUGUGCGUUUUGCAUGAUCUUCCUGAGUACGCCCCUUUCGAGAGCAGAAGUUGUGGAGUAAGGCGCGCUCUGUCAUCUCCAAAUAGCAGAGAAUGGAGAAGCCUCUCUUGGGCAGCAGCCAUGGCGACGUUGGCCUGUGGGUCAGGUCUCUCAUAGAGAGCAGGAAACUUUGGCACAUCGCUGGCCCUGCCAUCUUCACCGCCAUAUGCAACUACUCGCUGGGCGCCCUCACCCAGACCUUCACCGGCCAGGUCGGGAAGCUCGAGCUCGCUGCCGUGUCCAUGGAGAACUCCGUCAUUGCCGGCUGGGUAUACGGCUUCUUGUUGGGAAUGGGGAGUGCCUUGGAGACGCUGUGUGGGCAGGCCUUUGGUGCUGGGAAGCUGAAUAUGCUGGGAGUUUACAUGCAGAGGUCAUGGCUCAUUCUCUUCUGCACGGCCUUGCUAUUGACUCCCGUCUACGUCUUCUCCGACCACCUUCUAAAGCUUAUUGGGGUUCAGGACGACAUCUCUGAUCUCGCAGGGAAAUUUGCAAUUUGGAUGUUACCUCAGCUGUUUGCCUAUGCUGCAAAUUUUCCAAUCCAAAAAUUCCUCCAAGCCCAGCAGAAGGUCAUGGCCAUGGCUUGGGUGGCUGCGGUUGUUCUUGUUAUUCAUGCAUUCUUGAGCUGGCUCACGAUCAUCAAACUCGGCUGGGGCCUAGUGGGUGCAGCAGUAACACUCAACCUGUCUUGGUGGCUGGUUGUUUUUGGGGAGUUCGGCUACAUAGUGGUCUGCUGCACUGACACUUGGACUGGCUUCUCAUGGUUGGCUUUCAAGGAUCUGUGGGGAUUUGUUAAGCUCUCUUUCGCUUCAGCAGUCAUGCUAUGCUUGGAGUUUUGGUAUCUCAUGGUGCUCAUCGUGAUCGUUAGUUACUUACCAGACCCGCUUGUACCUGUGGAUGCUGCCUCCAUAUGCAUGAACCUCAAUGGCUGGGAUGCAAUGAUUGCGAUUGGAUUCAAUGCUGCAAUCAGUGUGAGAGUGUCAAACGAACUGGGAGCAGGAGAUUCAAAUGCAGCAAAAUUUGCAGUCUGGGUAGUCUCCGUGACCUCUGUGGCAAUUGGGGUUGUCGCCAUGAUCAUUGUUUUUGCUACCCAAGAUGUCUUCCCUGUCCUCUUUUCAAAUAGCCCUGCUGUCCAGAAAGAAGUAACCAGACUCGCUGGCUUGCUUGGGAUCACUGUGGCACUUAACAGUCUACAGCCAGUUUUAUCAGGUGUAGCUGUUGGAGCUGGAUGGCAGGCCGUGAUUGCUUACAUAAACAUUGGAUGCUACUACAUUGUAGGAUUGCCUACAGGCAUACUUCUAGGAUUCACUCUCAAGUUUGGUCUGGAGGGUAUCUGGGGAGGGAUGAUUAGUGGCAUAGCUUUGCAGACACUAAUUUUGAUUGUCGUUACUGCCUCCACUGAUUGGGAGAAAGAAGCAUCACAAGCAGAGAGCCGUGUGAGGAAGUGGGGUGGAUCUCUGGAAAACGGAAAUUCCUCUUCACAAAAGAACCAUGUUACAAUUGCCUGACCACCCAUGCCACGGUAGCUAUUUGGUUUUCUCCACCAGCACCUCAGUUUUGGAGCACCUUAGAUUCUUCCAUGAGGGCAGAAAUUGUCCCAUCCUUCUUGAAUUAUUCUUCCAAUAUUCUCUUUAUUGCUUAGCAAGAUGUAAAGGCUAGGGCUUUCUUGCUAAUGCAUCAAAGAGCACUCUGAUUAAGCCAAAAUCCGUGGAGAGCAGUUGGUUGUUAACUAAAAUUUUGUAUUUGUGGGCAGAAAGAAAUUUUAGAUGAAAGUUUUGCCUUUUCUAUGAAGGUUAAGAUCUUUUUUUUGAAGGCAAAAUGAGUUUCUUUUGGUAAAGCUUCUGUCUGAACUUUUGUCACACUCAAAUAAUAAAGUAAGAUGCGUUGAACCAUUGUUUUAGGUGAAAAUUAUGAAAAGGCGGAACUUCUGCCUUCAAUAUCUCAAAAUCUCAUAGGGAAUACAAAGAACGACUAUAUUUCAGGCUUUUCCAAAUAAGAUGCCUUAUUCUUCAUCUUCAUAAGCUCAUAGCAAAGUUGGGGCUAGGAGAUGGACCAUCAUUACUGAAAUCUUGAUUUUCUCAUGACACAAACUAAAGCGUGUUUCGUUAAGGAGAAAAUUUUCACUUGAACAAAUAAAUACAUGGCCGUAAGUAACCAAAGAAUACAAACAGGGGCAUGAGAGUGAUCGGAUGAACAACUAAUCAUCCCAACUUCCUCUCAACUGGUGUCAUGUUACAAACAAGGAAGUUCAAAAUCCUAGAUCUAGGCAAACAAGUUCCAAAUUCUGCCUACGCUGUAAAAGGAAGGAAAACUAGGUCUUCAAUUUUAUAUUUUACGAGAAAUUACCAAUGGAAGAAAAAUUAAGACAAAAAACCAGAGAUUGAACAUCAGGAACCAUAUCCAAAUGCCACGCAAUAUUUACAUUUAUUGUGCAGCGCGCAUCUGCUAGAUGAUGAACAGAACCACCAUAGACGGUGAGCAGAUGGAAAGAGAAGGUUGCGGAAGGUACCAAAUUG